UGAGUCUCGAGUGCCAACGACGUUUGUUCCACUUGACUUGAUCUUUGACACUGCAUCCUAAAGCAGUCGCACAUCUCUGACCCACGCAUGCACACUCCGAUAGCUAGCCAGCUAGCUUGCGCUGCCAUUCGAUACUCGGAGCCUGCUGAGCGUCUGCAGCGCUUGCGUCGCAAUCCUUUCUCAAAGUUGACGCAUUCCCACUCUCGAGGACCAGCUCCCCUCUGCAUCAAAACCUCGGGCCACCAUCCUGCUGUGCACCAUGUCUCUUGCUGGUUCGUCUCGCAGCAACACCGCUAGGCUGGUGCUCUGUCGCACACUGACCGAGGCAGGUAGCAGCGCUCGGCUUCAACACGGCUAUCGGCUGAGGUCAGCAGCGCGCAGCUUCGUGCACCCAUCGAGCCACGCCUACUCCACUUGUUUCCCCGCAUGGAGUCUUGCAACGGGCCGGUCGCAAGCGCAUCCAUCACCCUCUCGUAUCUCUUCUGGUAGCCUCGCAAAGCACUUCAGCUCGGCGAGGCCCGCCAAUCAAGAAGCGACUCCCUCCACCGCUGCCACCUCCGAGUCCAAGGAAGCGGUGGGCGAAAGUGCCGCUGAGCAAAGCGAUCCUCGAAUCCUCGCUAGAUAUGCUGGUCCGCUAAGCAAGACGUUUCGCAGGUUGAAAAUUUUUUCCCUUUCUUCCUUGGGCCUUUCCACUUGCCUUGCUCCCGCCAUCCUCUUGGCACCCGCAGAAGUGGGCCUGCAAGGCAGGUUGGUGCUCUGCGCCGCUGCGCUCAGUACGUCUGGUACCAGCACUGCGCUGAUAGCAUGGAUUGCUGGGGCAUACACUACGAGCAUGAGGCUGGUGCGGCCAUCGAAGGAAGAGCGGGAUGCGCUCACCACCUCGUCCCACACGGAUCAGCCCUGGAUGGAAAUCGAAAACACGUCGUGGAGGCUGCAAAAGCUCGAGACCACAAUUUACGACUUGUCCUUCAUCAGGCCCACGCAGAGGCCCUUUGCGACUUGGGAGCUGACACUCACGCCCGAGCCCGCCGCUCUUGCAGAUCUCCCAAACAAUGGACAGGAGCAGGACACGCACGAAGUCGUCGUCUCCGAGACCAGAUUUGCGCAGAGCGGCAAGCUGAGAGGCAGAUUGUUGGUCAGGUAUUCCAAGGACGCUUUGACCAGAGGCGAGGAUGGGAGCUGGAGAGCGGAAGGAAGAAUUCUCAAGCAAGGCAAACCUUCCAGACAUUUUCAGGUCCACGAAGCGAUGCUGGGGGAGGAGUGGCAAGUGCUAGACUGAUGCGCGCGGGUCAAGUCGGCCAGCAGCGGAAAGAAUGGCAAUAGUCAUGAGUUGCAGCAUCAGUCGUAGCCUGAGCCGAUCGCAUCGCCCGCGCUGUGCUGGAAAGCUGGUUUGCGCGGAGAGGGCUAACUGCUCAUUGAAGUCGAACGGGUUGGGUAGAAACGUAAGCGCCUCUCUGGCACAUUUCAGAACGCACAAGCGUAGGAGUGGCUAAUCAUCUGAUGACUUGGGCAUGGCAUUGCUAUACUGGGUCAUCACCGCUUGCCUAUUCCACGAGCCUCUACAGCUUGUCAUCGUCCUGCCUAUUGUACGCAUCGUAGAGCUGUCCCACCCUCUCCCAAUCGAGCACCUCCCAAAAUCUAGCCAGGUAUUCGUCCUUUCCCUCCAUGCCGUAGUCAGGCAGCCAAGUGU